AUGAUUCGACAGCAGAAGAGGAUUCAACACCAGAUGAUGAGACAGCGGCUGAAGAGGAUUCGACAGCAGAAAAGGAUUCAACAGCGGAAGAGGAUUCGACAGCAGAAGAGGAUUCAACACCAGAUGAUGAGACAGCUACUGAAGAGGAUUCGACAGCAGAAGAGGAUUCAACAGCGGAUGAUGAGACAGCUACUGAAGAGGAUUCGACAGCAGAAGAGGAUUCAACACCAGAUGAUGAGACACCUACUGAAGAGGAUUCGACAGCGGAUGAUGAGACAGCUACUGAAGAGGAUUCGACAGCUGAAGAAGGAUUCAACAGCGGAAGAGGAUUCGACAGCAGAAGAGGAUUCACACCAGAUGAUGAGACAGCGGCUGAAGAGGAUUCGACAGCAGAAGAGGAUUCAACAGCGGAUGAUGAGACAGCUACUGAAGAGGAUUCGACAGCAGAAGAGGAUUCAACACCAGAUGAUGAGACAGCUACUGAAGAGGAUUCGACAGCAGAAGAGGAUUCAACACCAGAUGAUGAGACGGCUACUGAAGAGGAUUCGACAGCAGAAGAGGAUUCAACAGCGGAUGAUGAGACAGCUACUGAAGAGGAUUCGACAGCAGAAGAGGCUUCAACACCAGAUGAUGAGAAAGCGGCUGAAGAGGAUUCGACAGCAGAAGAGGAUUCAACAACGGAUGAUGAGACAGCUACUGAAGAGGAUUCGACAGCAGAAGAGGAUUCAACACCAGAUGAAGAGACACCUACUGAAGAAGAUUCGACAGUAG